CAGUUUGUGAACUCCUUCAGGAGAGAGAGUUCAGAUAGUAAAGGCAAUAAUGACACGAAAAAGUACAAAGAAUUUGUCGACAUUACUAGCCCACAGGAAAGAUUCCUGAAAAAUAUGAAGCGAGAUUGGAAGAUGUUGAAACAUGUACUAUCUAACAGACAAUACUCUGACUUCAAAGAGCUUUGGGAGAGACCUCAAGUAAUUCCUUCUACUUGUGAUGUGCUUAUCAUUGGUGGUGGAGCAAUUGGUAGCUCGAUAGCAUAUUGGUUAAAGCAGAAAAUCUAUAGAGAAGAAUUCAAUGUUGUCGUAGUUGAGAAAGAUCCUACGUAUACCAAGGCUUCCACGACUCUUUCGGUGGGUGGUCUACGUCAACAAUUUUCUCUUGAAGAAAAUAUUCACAUGUCAUUAUAUGGCGCGGAAUUUUUGCGAAAUAUUAAUGAGCAUUUGAGUAUCCCCGGAGAACCGCCCAUCGAUGUUAAUUUUCAUCCUUAUGGCUACUUGGUAUUGGCAACUGAGGCAGGCGCUGAAACUUUAGUACAGAAUUCUAAGCUGCAGAAUUCUUUAGGGGCAAAAAAUGUCGUUCUAACUAAAGAGAAGCUGAAAUAUAUGUUCCCUUGGAUAAAUACCGAUGGAAUUGCGACAGGUUGUCUUGGAUUGGAAAAAGAGGGAUGGUUCGAUCCAUGGUCUCUCUUAUGUGCCCUCAAGAAAAAAGCUAGUUAUUUGGGUGCUCAAUAUGUUAAUGCUGAAGUCAAAGCUUUUCAAUAUAAGGAGCUUCUAGGAAAUUAUGAUGAGAAUAUGAAAUAUAAACAUGUUUUGUGUCAGAUAAAAACAAACGACGGUGAGACUAGGACAAUAAAAUUUGCUAUAGCUAUUAUUGCUGCGGGCGCUUUUAGUGGCGAUGUAGCCGAGUUGGCUGAUAUCGGAACAGGCGAAAACCUAUUAUCUGUACCUUUACCAGUUGUACCCAGAAAGAGAUAUGUAUAUUGUUUCCAUUGUCCUGAUGGACCUGGCUUAAAUACACCUUUAACGAUUGAUCCCAGUGGAACAUAUUUUAGACGCGAUGGUUUAGGAGGUAAUUUUAUCGCCGGAAAAUCACCAGAACCAAACGAGGAACCAUCAAUUGAGAACUUGGAUGUCGAUCAUGAAUUUUUUGACAAUAAAGUGUGGCCUUCACUCGCUCAUAGAGUACCGGCAUUUGAAAAUUUAAAAGUGGAGAACCACCUUGAUCGAAUGGCAUUUCAUGUGUAUUUAAUUUCAUCCGGACAUGGUAUCCAGAAGGCACCCGCGGUGGGGCGUGCGAUAUCAGAGUUAAUUUUUCAAAAUCGUUUUUUAACUAUAGAUUUGUCCAAAUUAAGUUUCGAUAGGUUCUUAACAUCAGAACCUAUGAGAGAGGCUAACGUUUUUUAGAUAAAAUUUGACUCAUGUAUGCUGCAGCUUCUUCUUCACCUACAUUUUGCAAUA